AUGGAAAUAUCUGCUGAGGAAAUGCCAGAAGGAUGGACCAACGACCCUGCAAUGCUCAGGUUACAUUCUCAUCCUGAAGGCUCAAUAAACACUAUCGCCGAAUGGCAUAGACUCGGAGAUAUCGAAUUACUAAUGAUGGGAACCCAAAGCUCGGGGAAUUUGCAGUUUAUAAUCCAGUCAGGAUGUUGUUACUACUGGGGGAAUCUGAUGAUCGACGAUAUCUUUGAGAUCAGGAAGCCGAAGACCUUCCCGGAAAUUCUGCAUGCUCUUGCCACAAAGGGGCAUUUUGGAUUGAAGUAUAAGAAAGUGGAAAGAAUACCAGAAGGAUGGACCAACGACCCUAUUAUGCUUGAGAGAUAUUCUCACACUGGUUCCUCAGUAUCCAGUAUUGCCCAAUGGUAUGGACUGGAGAAUAUCAAAGUUGUAUUGAUGGGAACACGAGAAUCCGGGGAUAUGAAGUUUAUACUCAUGUCAGGAGGUCGCUACUACAGAGGUAAUCUGAUGAUCGAUGAUAUCUUUGAGAUCACCAAGCCGAAGACCUUCCCGGCAAUUCUGCAUGCUCUUUACAGAAGGGGGGAUUGGGCCUUGACGUAUAAUAAAGUCAAGCAGGUAGAGGAAAUCUAG